AGGAGAGCAGUACAGCUUUAAGAAUUGCAGCUGCAGUUGUUGAAAAGGACUGGUCGUGUCGCUGUCUACCAAUGAGAAGCUCAAGUAUAGAGAUGGAUCCAUUGUCCCUCCCACAUCCCAGAAUAAAAACGUCAGACGCGACGAGAGAAGCGAACAGUGUCUGCGUUUAGAUUGACGAAAGAGGCAGAGGAUAGUUUUCCCGUCUGUUUCGAUUCGGUAUUGGGAAUAUCUGUGAAUACUUAUUUCGUGAUUUGACCAUUUGCACUGAUUACUCGAGGAGAGGCCCUGUGUUGGACUUUGACAGAGCGCGGUAUAAUGGCGUACGUACCGAGGUUUGCCCUCAUAGCAUUUGCUUGCAUAUUUGCGAUAUGUGCACCAGGUCCUAUCUCCGGGCAAAUUCGUUAUUCCAUUCCCGAGGAAAUGGAGCAAGGGGCAUUUGUUGGGAAUAUCGCUGUGGAUUUGGGCCUCAACGUACGGCAAUUGUCAGCUCGCAAAUUCCGACUGAGCUCUGAUGACGGAGGGCGGUACAUGAAGGUCAGUUUGGACAAUGGAAUAAUGUCUAUUCGUGAAAAAAUCGACCGGGAUCGUAUUUGUGGACAGAAUGAUAAAUGUACUGUACAUUUCGAAACAAUAUUGGAAAACCCCUUGGAGGUGUAUCACGGGGAAUUGGAGAUUCUUGAUGUAAAUGACAAUUCCCCCACUUUCCCGCAGAGCAGCAUUGUCUUGCAGAUAUCGGAAGCCAGUGCGCCCGGUGUACGUUUCCGACUCGAGGGGGCGGAUGAUCCCGACAUUGGUACAAAUACCGUGGCCGCUUACACAAUCAGCUCCAGUGAGCACUUUAUUCUAAAAACACAGAGAGCCGAAGACGGUAUUAUGAUUGCCGAGUUGCUGUUAGGGAAAUCUUUGGACCGAGAGCAGCAAUCAUCAUUUCAACUCUUGUUUACGGCGACUGAUGGUGGCACCCCUCAGAGAUCAGCCACAGCUCAGAUUAUCAUUACUGUAUUGGAAAUCAACGAUAAUCCACCUGUGUUCGAUCAUGAUAUUUACAGAGGCAUCGUAAGUGAGAACGCGCCGCGGGGUACGUUGGUGCUGAAAGUCAAAGCAAAUGAUUUGGACGAAGGACUGAAUUCGGAGCUGACGUAUUGUUUUAGUGAUAUUUCUUUGAUAAGAGCGCGAAAAUUAUUCAGUUUAGACCCAGUUACUGGGGAGCUUCGAGUCAAAGGGCUUCUAGAUUUUGAACAAGUAAACAGCUAUUCUCUGGAUAUUCGAGCCCAGGACCACGGUUCCCCUGCAAUGACAGGACACUCCAAAGUACUGAUCAAAGUCACUGAUGUGAACGACAACGCACCUGAGAUAAAGGUACCAUCACCUUGCAACAAAAUCCCGGAAAAUGCGCCACCAGGAAGUUUCAUAUGUCUGAUUAAUGUGAUGGAUCGUGAUUCUGGAGCGAACGGUCAAGUACGUUGCGAGUUAAGACAAAAGAACGUCCCAUUUCGACUGCAAAAGGUAUCGAACAACUAUAAAUUAACCACGAGUGAAACGUUGGACCGUGAAGCCAUCCCUGAGUAUAACAUUCUUAUUUCAGCCUGGGACUUGGGGUCGCCGUCACUCUCAUCAAAUACAACCAUCCAGAUUGCAAUUUCGGACGUUAACGAUAACGAACCACAAUUCACAGAGUCAUCCUACAACAUAUAUAUAAUGGAGAACAACGCUCCGGGUGCGUCCAUUUCCACAGUAACUGCAACAGAUCCUGAUCUGGAUCAAAAUUCCUAUAUUUCCUUCUCCUUUCUCGAUAACCAUAUACACAAUGUGCCAGUAUCCACUUACCUCACUAUCAAUUCAAUUAACGGUACUAUUUACGCACUGCGUUCCUUUGAUUAUGAGGAACUAAAAAACUUCCAGAUCCAUGUUCAAGCCCGUGACGCCGGGGUGCCUCCGUUGAGUAGCAGCGCCAUGGUGAACGUGGUCAUCCUGGAUCAAAAUGACAACGCGCCGGUAAUAAUUUCACCUUCAGAACUAAGUGGGUCAGCAGCAGUGGAUACCGUACCCCGGUCAGCAGGUCAAGGGUACUUGGUCAGCAAGAUAAUGGCAACUGAUGCAGAUUCUGGUCAGAACGCGCAGCUCUUUUAUCAAAUAGUGAAAACUACCGUCCCCGGUUUGUACAACGUUGGACAACAUUCCGGAGAUGUUAGAACAGCGCGCAAUGUUUUCCAGUCAGACACUGCUGUACAAACUCUAAUCAUCUUGGUUAGGGACAAAGGGCAGCCAAGCCUGUCCAGCACAAUUACAAUGAACAUUAGAGUUUUGGAGAACAGCACUGAAGGAAUCAGCGAAAGCAGCACCUUGGUGAAGAAUCCAGAAUAUUUCUCUGAUCCAAACGUUUAUUUAAUCGUCAUUUUCAGUUGCACUUCCGUGGUCUUUCUUCUGAUCAUCAUUCUGUUGAUUGGUAUCAAGUACAAACAGGGCAGAAAUAUUACCCAAGAGUAUAACUCUCCCAGUUAUUGUUACAACGGCGGGGUUUCGCAUGGCACGUUUAAUGGAAUAUCUGCGAUGGAGGAAACAUUACGUUAUCCUGGGGCAGGCCGAGUAGUGCGAGGACCAGAACUGAAUCAAUGCUCGGUCUGCCUGUCUCCAGAGUCAGCGAAAAGCGAUUUUCUGUUCCUGAAGCUAUGUGGUGCUCCCACCUCUCAAGACCAAUGCUAAAUUACGUCGAUACGUAGAUUAAGGAAUGGUAAUUUUGUGUGCGACCAUUUUAUUUCUGCUGAAGGAUGUGAAUCAGUGCGAGUGAAAUAUUUAAGAAAACGUUCUCUUGGUGCAUCUUUUCUCUUUUUCGUUUAAAUUGGUGUAAAGUUGUAAUUGUCCAAAAUAAAAUUUCCUGCAACUGGAAUGAAAACAUCAUGAAAUUGCAUCUUUAAAUUCCGAAGGCAGUAUUUCAGCUUGUCACUGCAAAAUGUUGCACAGCCGCGUUGCCAUUUAGCCAAUUACGCAAAUGACCAGGGUACCUGGAGCUACUUACGUGGCUGAAGUACUAAUAUGUGGAAUUUAGGUUGAAGUUUUCUCUGGUGCAUUCUACCGACAUGUUCUUGAAUAAUUGCUUAUAGUUUGUGGUACAGACAAUACCUAUAACAAUAAUCAGCUGGCGAAGGAAAUAAUUAUGCUCAUAUAUUAGAAUCACAAGAGAUUGCAGAUGCUGGAAUUUUGAGCUCAACAUGCUGGAGGAAAUCAGAAAGUCAGGCAGCAUCUGUGGAGAUAAACUGGCAUAAGACGUUUGGUAUCGAACCCUUGGUGACGAGAGGAGAGGAAGGUUGCUGGUUGAAAAUGGUCGAUAGUAAGGCUUGGAGCAACCGAUAGCAAGUGGAUCCAGGUGAUGAUAGUAAUUUUGCCAGUUGAUUCAUGUGGGGGUCAGCAUAGGUUGAGGUGAACUGGUUGAACCUCUAUUCUUAGAUGAAACUGAAUGCCUUGAUAUCCUGAUGUGGAAUGAAAAUGCAAGGCGACAUCGUUCAUGGUAAAAAUGAGGAUUGGCAAAACAUUUGCAAGUUGUUAUUUGGUGGGGAGCAUGUGAGUUGAGACGAGAAACACUGAACAUGCGGUGCUGCACAUGUGGGUCAAAGUAACAUUCUAUGUUGCGAAACGGGUAAUUUGGCAAACUGACUAAGAGUUAAAAGACUAUAGUUUGGAAGUAACAGAAGUCGAGGAAGGUAUUAAUGGAAUAAAUGUUUUAUCUCUGAGAGGGAGAGGAAAACGAGCGAAUGUAGUCGUAACCAUGAGGCUCAGAUUGUGCUUUUUGAUAUGUGUAACGUACUGCUAACACCAUCAUCAUCAUCAUAAUCGUUUAUUGUCAUAUUGCAAAGCAACGUUGUACAGUACAAAAUGAGAAGACGUUUCCCAGGGAAUACCGGAGCAUCGCACAUAAAACUUAAACAUUUCACGCAUAAAAUAAAAACAAUAAAAAAAGAAUCCAGUUCCUGAUAAAACAGUACGAAACGUUUAAAAAAAGUGUAGGUGUUUGUCAUCUUCCACUCACUAGCUUUCACGUUCAAUACAAUUCGAACAUUUCGCUACUGAGCACAUAUAUACUACCCUGCCUGAUUCGUAGUUCAAAUGUAUCACUCCUUCAUCGAUCCCUAUUCUGGUCUUCUGACCAUACCGACCACUGACCGUUCUUUACAGUUUUCCAUGAAACCACAAAACGUUUCACGUUCGUUAUUUUACAGAUUCCCUUCCACCAUACAGGACGUGAAAUUAUCCCCGGUGAAGCAGUGAUUUGCUUUCUCUUCUCC